AUGUUCUCGAGAAUUUUGUUUUUUACCGUAAUUGGUACGGUAAUUUGUUUGGACACUGUAGACCAAGCGGAUCUUUUUGAACGGCUUGUGCCUGGUUUUAAAGGUAAGUUAACGUAGCUAUCAUGGUCUACCUUAAUCUACAUCUCUUUAUCUUAUUGUAAUCUUUUAUACCGUAACCGGUUUUAACACUGCCCUGCCGAAAGAUACUGUAACGUAACAAAUGGUCAUCAUUUUAGACCAAUUCAUAGCCCGCCAAAACCAACUUUUUGACAAUUUUACCCCAGAACAAAGGAAGGCCAUCAUGAAUAUAGCCAAAUCAAAUCAGACUGAUGUUGGUAAAGUGCAACAAGCCGUAGAAGACCCACAGAUAUUGAACAUGUUACUACAGAAUGCUAGAGACAUUAUGAGAGAGAAUAACGUCACUGAAGGCCUUAUUGAGUUUAUGACUGAAGUAAGGGCUAAUUUUGUGACUUUUGAUAUUUGGGACUGACUUUUGAUACACUUUUCAUUUUAAGCUUGAAAUUUAAAAUUUUCAAAAAUUCCGGAAAAUUUUAAAAAAAAAUUUUUAUUAAUUUUUUUUUUGCAAAAAAUUGCCAUAUUAACCUCAAAAAGUUCAGAUAAUGCGUCAAGGGUUACUUCAUGCCGAUAUAAACUCAAAAACGACCCGUCAAGCCGCUCAAGUGGCUAUCGAAGUUGUACCCAAAUGGGUAGUACAAUAUAACAAAUUAAACGCGGAAGAGAAGCAAAAUUGA